CUUUGAAAUCUUGGCACAUUCAUGUGCCACGGUGCCCUAAUAUGUCGUUUAUGAUAGAGUUGCAUGCGGGUAGAACUUAAAGUCCACUUCUUAUCUUUUCGGAAGGAACAUUAAGAAAGAGACUAAAGUCAGCUUCGGGAGACGUCGGUCAGAACCCAUCAGAUUGCGCCCCGAGCUGCCAAAAUGUGGUGGAAGGGGAGAAGGAUUGAACAAAUCAGAACCUCGGCCCUCAUCUUGGCUUUCGUUCUCAACUUUGCUGCCUCUCAUCCAUGUCUCAGCCCUGAGAGGAGAUGCGACUUUGUGUGUGACUGUUUGGAUUGCGAUGACGAACAGGACUGCGGCUACGGCGGGAAGGGAUUCCGGUGCGACUUUGAGGACUCGGGAAUAUGCGGGUGGAAGGAUGAGUCCUUGAACGCAGCAUACAGGUGGGAACGACGUCAGAGAGGUGACACGCUGACGGGAAGCGGGCCGUCCUCCGACUUUACUACCGGGACUGCCUCAGGUUGGUUUAUGGGUGUGACAGAGGUCAAGUCCGAAGGGGUCAAAACCGCAGUCCUUGUGUCACCAAAGAUGCAAGAGUCCUCGCCGACAUGUCGUCUUCGUCUCAGAUAUUUCCUGUGGGAUUCGGGUCAAACGGGACUCGGCUCCUCUCCGCUCUUGGCAUCCGUCGUCCGGCAAGACGCGGAAAUGGCCGUCGUGUGGCGGCUCGAAGCCACCAGCUUCCGAGGAUGGAGCGAGGCCACCGUCUUUCUGGGUCGCAUCGCCGCACCCUUUCAGAUCCAUCUUUACUCAAACCGCCUCCAGGGGCGGAGAGGCGAUGUUGCCGUGGACCAGCUGGAGUUUCUGGACUGCGCUUUGCCCUUGCCACUACCUGGCAAAGAGUGUCCAGCCGAAAUGCUGGAGUGUAAGCGCGGCGGCUGCGUCGCCCAACGUCAAGUAUGUGACGGCACCGAUGACUGUGGCGACUGGACCGAUGAGGAGAACUGCGAGGGAUAUCGGCGCUGUGAUUUUGAGAACGAUGUGUGCGAUUGGGACCUCAGGUCAUUGUCCGAUCUCAAAUGGGUACGGACCAGUCAGGAAAACAUCUCGGAUCCUUUGAAAGGACCAGGACGGGAUCAUUCCAACAACAGCGUAUCGGGUCACUUUUUGUACGUCACCGUUCCCGACGGCGGGCUCCAAAACGAUUGGGCUGCGUUCCAAAGUCCUCCACUAGAACCCACCAAUAGUACUCAUCCGUGCAAGAUGGUCAUGUACACGCACCAGUUUGGGCCGAGGUCUGGCGGACUGACGGUGCUGGUGGCUGAUAAGAGCAUCUCGGCAGCGUGGAAGCGGGGCGGAGCUCUGGGUGAUGUUUGGGUCAAGGCCGAAGUGGAAAUUGUCAAUAACUCCACUUUUCAAAUUCUGAUCAUGGCGGCUGUCAGGGAAUUUGCAUACGGAGGUAUCGCUGUCGACAACAUCGUGUUGUCACCUGAAUGCCGCCGAUCAAAUGACAGUAUGUGGCUGGAAAAAUUCCCCAAAUCUCCCAAGGACCCUUGCACCGCGCCUGAGAAGAUGUGUGACUUUGAAAGCGACUGCGAGGGAGCAGAGGAUGAAGCCGCGUGCGGGGACUUCUCAUACAGUAAAGGCAGCUCAGGCUGGACAGACACGAGCAUCGGGAGUCAAGGUUGGGUGCUUCACCAAAAUUCUACAGCAAAAGAAGAGUACUUAUAUGUGGCCGAGGCCCCGGGCCAGCAGCUGACUCAGGCACAGACGCGGACGCCUCUCCUGGGCCCAUCUGGCCCUGCUUGCACCUUACAAUUUGAUUUUGCACUCACUGGAAAUGCAGCUCACAUUGGUGAGCUGUCAGUUAGGGUGAUAGACAGCCUGUUGGGUGUUCAGCCUCCACUGUGGGAAUUCAGUGGCAAGACGGGAACAGAGGAGGCAGCGUGGCAACCGGCACAAGUUGCCGUCGGAGCCAGGAAACAUCGCUUUCAGUUGGCGUUUGAAUCUCGCGCGGUGAAACCGCGUCCUUACGCCAAGAUUCAAGUAAAAAACGUUCACUUCACCGGUUGCCACGCCAACUAUUUUCCCUCUUUUUCAACGGCACUGACGUGUAACUUUGAGGAUGGGAUGUGUGGGUGGCACCAGGACAACAGUGACAACUUUGACUGGACGCUGGUCGAUGGAAUGGACCACACCAUCGGGAUUGGUAAAAGUCUUGUGGUGGACAUGUGGAGUUCCUCACUCCGUGGUGCUUUUGGACGUUUACUAUCCUUGCCACUAUUACCAUUUCAUACCGGUGGCCACUGUUUGACCUUCUUCUACAAAAUCUACGGGACAAACACCGGGGCUCUCAAUGUGAAGUUAUUUACUAAAGACGGUUAUGAGACGUUGCUGUGGACCCGCAGUGGAGCUCAUGGCAACACGUGGCAUGAAGCUCACUGCCCAGUGCCGAACCAGUUCACCACGUAUCAGUUGAUGUUUGAAGCUGUACGCUCGGGUUUUGACGGCCGGGUGGCUAUCGACGAUGUGGCGCUGGUGGCCCGUCCCUGUUCUGUGCCAAGGUUGUGUUCUUUUGAGGGCCAGCAGUGUGGCUACAAAAGUUCCGGUCAGGUUUACUGGGUCCUUAGAAACGGACACACGCCAACAGCGACAGGACCCAAAACCGAUCACACUCUGGAGACAGAACUGGGUUUCUACAUGAUGGUUAAGACCGGAGGAAGCGUUCUUCCCGCGGGCGCUACCGCCACGCUCACAUCACCCGUUCGCAUCGGAAAAGCGCUUACAGAGUGUCUGAAUUUCUGGUAUCACAUGGGAAGCGAGAAUCCUGGUUCUUUAUCGGUGUAUAUGAAGCCGAUGGAAGGUGAGAGGGUCAAGAUUUUUACCGAUAAUCAGGACCAGGGAGAUGUCUGGCGCCAUGCUAACGGCAACAUCUCCAGCAAUCUUAUGGACUGGCAGCUGCAGUUUGAAAUUAUAGGAAGAGGAGGCAAAGACACUCACGUUGCCAUUGAUGAUAUUUUCAUUUCUGCUCAUCCAUGUGAAAAUCAAGGUUCAAAGUGUAGUUUUGAGAAAGGAAUGUGUACGUGGAGUAACACUCAAAACAUCCAGCGGGACCAACUGGAUUGGGAGUUGACAAGUCACGAAAAAGAGAUGCACUACUCUACCCCGUCAGAAGACCACAGUCUUGGAACGGAGAAAGGUCACUUCCUGUUCAUUCCCAGUAGCAACCGGACGGCGGCCAAUCAGAAGGCUCAGCUGCUGGGCCCUCACCUGCCCCCGACCAAAGGCACUUGUCUGAAAUUCUGGCUCUACAAACAAUAUUCAACGGACAGCCAGCUGAAGGUAUGGACACUGUCCAAAGGUCUUCUCAAUGAGCAGCUGGAGGUCACUGAGCUAGAUGGACCGUGGAGGCGCUUCGACAUCGACAUCGUCUCCACCGAAGAAUACCAAAUUGUUUUUGAGGGAAUCAAGGGUUCCUUCGGUGUCCUGGCACUGGAUGACAUUGAGUACACCGUCGGGGUCAACUGUGCUAAAAAAGUCACUGAUGGAGUCACGACAUCAAGCAAGCCUAGCAAUGCAGGAGGGAUUGCAGCAUCAGUCAUUGUGGCCCUCCUGCUGAUUGGCACCUUGAUUGCCCUCUUCGUUUACUAUCUGCGGAUCCAAAUGAGGGUCCGGGCUUUGACCGACCCGUCGUCGUCGUCAUCAUCUCCCGAAGAUGGCGGUGGUUUCGGUAACGACAACUAUGAAGCAGAUCUCUCAGAAGACCACGUGAGAAUUUCACCAGAACAAAUUCACCCAAAGGCAGCUGGGUUCAACAAUGUCUCUGUCUCUUCCAGAGAGAGGGAGGCGGCGUGAUAAAGGGGGGAAAAAAAAAUCCCCGUCGGUGACCUUGUGAAAUUUAGGCGAUAUCACAGCAGAAGAACUGCUUGUGUCGACCUUACAUCACACACGCGCACCCACCCACACACACAUGCACGCACGCACACACACACGCAGAUACAAAUACAGUGAUGACAGCAGCUCGUUGCCACUGGACCGACAGAGGUGGAGAUCCAAGUAGGGCAGGUUGUGUUUCCGAGGUGGAAAUCUAGAGGAACUCUUUUAAAAUGAGAAAACCCCUGCUUCCCUGAGCCUGACCAUUGACAUAAGAGGGCAUGUGAAGGAAGUUGUGGACCUCAAGUUGAAAGGACAAAAGAGUUCAUAAGGUAGAGACGUAUGUUCAUGGGCGUCCACCUGGAAGGAGCGGAAGGACGAAGCUCUUUUACAAAGGCAAUUUUGAAUUGAUGGAGUGCCCUGCUGGGGAAAGAAUAAAAGGAGGAAUGAUUGUCAAGAUAAGUAACGGGUUUUGGAAGGAGAGUUGACAUGCUUCAACCAAUGUAACUGAUGAAUCCAUUAAAUUGAUGAGCAUUGAAAAAUGCUUC